AUGCUAAAUAAUCAAACAAAUUAAGAAUUAAUACUUAGUAUCGAUAGUUAAAUAGAAAAUAACAAUCAAUUAGAUAGAUAAAAUGAUCCAAUUACUGAAUGGGAAGAUUAGAAAUUUCAAUCUAUUCUAAAGACUAAUCAUAUUCCAAUCACUUUACACAAUUAAACUCAAGAUAGAAAAAGAUUUUAUUCUAACAAUGAUUUUAGAAAAGUAUCCUUUGAUGAAAGUCUUAAUACAGUGCAUAUAUAUUCUAAGGAUAAUAAAAAAGAAAUCAAAAACUUUUAAACUAGUUUUAAACAUAAGUAAAAACUAGACAAACCAGAUCUUCCAAAAUCCAAGAGAUUUUCAAAUAAUAAAAAGAGAAAAAACUCAUUUUGA